GUCGGAGUGUCUCGCCUUCCAGGUUCCUUUUUUCUAGUCAAACUUCUCUCUUUGACCACCGCAUCUGCUUGAUUCUUAAACUUGCAUUUCCUGUUUCACUUUUGAUACCACUCUUUUCCCACAGAAACCGUCGCCAUGGCUUCCCCUCAGAAAAUCCGCACCGAUCUUACCGAUCUUUUCAAGAUCAACCACCCCAUCCUCCUCGCCGGCAUGAACGUCGCGGCCGGGCCCAAGCUAGCUGCGGCCGUCACCAACGCCGGCGGGAUGGGUGUGCUAGGUGGCAUCAACUACACUCCCGAGAUGCUCAAGGAUCAAAUCGAUGAGCUCAAGUCGCAUUUGACGGACAAGAACGCGCCGUUUGGCGUCGACCUCCUGCUUCCCCAGGUUGGCGGCAAUGCCCGCAAGACAAACUACGACUACACCAAGGGCAAGCUCGACCAGCUGAUCGAUAUCAUCAUCGAGUCCGGCGCCAAGCUCUUCGUCUCGGCCGUCGGCGUCCCCCCGAAGCACGUUGUCGAGAAGCUGCACAAGAACGGCAUUGUUUACAUGAACAUGAUUGGCCACCCCAAGCACGUUAAGAAGUGCCUUGAGCUGGGCGUCGACAUCAUCUGCGCCCAGGGUGGCGAGGGCGGUGGCCACACCGGCGACAUCGCCACCACUAUCCUGAUUCCCUCCGUCGUCGAGGCCUGCAAGGGCCACAAGUCGCCGCUCACCGGCAAGCCGGUGCAGGUGGUCGCUGCGGGCGGUAUCCACAACGGCCAGCUGCUGGCGGCCUCGUUGAUGAUGGGCGCCAGCGGUGUCUGGGUUGGCACCCGGUUCGUCCUCUCCGAAGAGGCCGGUGCCCCCGAAUCGCACAAGGAGGCCGUCCGCACCGCCAGCUUCGACGACACCGUCCGCACUCUCAUCUUCACGGGCCGCCCAUUGCGCGUGCGCAAGAACCCCUAUAUCAUGAACUGGGAGGAGGAGCGUGCGCAAGAGAUCAAGGAGCUUACCUCCAAGGGCCAGCUCCCAUACGAGGCUGACCUCGAUAAGGUCAUGUCGGGCGAGGCCGCGGAGACACCCGCCAUCAAGGCCUCCGGUCUUAUGAACGCCAGCAACGCUGACGAUGUCGAUGUCGAUGACUUGCUCGACCAGUUCCGGCCUUUCCUCAUGGGCCAGUGUGCCGCCGUCUGCAACGAUAAGAAGUCGGCCAAGGAGAUUGUCGACGAGUUUAUCACCGACGCGUCUGCGUCCAUUAAGAAGGGCAACUCCUACAUUGCGAAGCUGUAAUGGUUUUUUUUUAGCGACAUGUAUUUUAGCAGGGCAUUUUUUAUGAACCAAUUGUCAUGAGUUGAUACCCUUUGCCAUUUGGCUGCUGCUGUGUCUCGGUUGCGUUGGUCAGCGAUCUGUAUUUGUACAAGAGAAGAUUGUUCGGAUAGACAAUCAGCGGCAUCGCAUAGGACGGCACCUCUCGGUUUUAUGAGAAUUCAGGCUUCAGACCC